AUAAAAGGGGAGAACCGAGGCAAGACCCACCCGAAAAGCCAACAAACUCUUGAUAAACUCGCUCCCGCAUCGGCGGGGAACUGCAGCCUCUUCCGGGAAUCGAACUGCUGGCCAGGGCGGGGACACCAUUCGCCCGGCUCCAGCCGCUGUCGCUUUCGCUUUCGAAAGCCACCGGAGAUAGAAAACCAGCAAGAACGAAGGAAGGAGAGCCGCGCGGAGCAGGGGACGCCGAGAGAGGAGGGUUGGAAGAGCCGCCGGCGCCGGCGAGGAAGCUGUGAGCGAUGGCCUCCAAAACUGACAUGCCGGCUCCUGUGUGCCUGAUAGAGAAUAGGCAAGGAAAGCUUUUAGUCUGUCCAGAAGCCCUCCGUUGGCUUUCUCAGAUCCACCAGCCGGUGGUGGUGGUGGCUAUUGUGGGGUUGUACCGAACGGGCAAGUCCUACCUCAUGAACAAACUGGCUGGCAAAAACUCAGGUUUCGCUCUGGGCUCUACAGUGCAAGCAAACACAAAAGGCAUCUGGAUGUGGUGUGUUCCCUACCCUGAUAGGCCUCAUCAGACCCUUGUUCUUCUGGAUACUGAGGGACUAGGUGACGUGGAAAAGGGAGAUACGCGAAAUGACACCUGGAUCUUUGCUUUGGCUGUGCUUCUUAGCAGCACCCUGGUCUACAACAGCAUGGGCACCAUUGACCAGAAUGCUAUGGAUCGGCUUCAGUAUCCUUCUUGGGUUUGUUUUUCGCUCACUGGGAGUUUCCUCUCUUUCAGGAAGUCCUGGUUCCCUAGAGAAGUUUUCUAA